GCAGCUGACGGGCAGUUAUUUCCAGCGUCGGUGGUGCAGCAGAUCAGAUCCUGGUCUGCCCGCAGCUCUGCCCGCACGCACAGCCUGUCUGUCUGCCUGCCUGUCUACCUGUCUGUCUGUGCGGACACCGCAGACAGUCAGUGAGUGAGUGAGCCCGCACACAGCAGAGAGGACAGCACGGCCAUGAGCACGGCGUUUUCCUGACGGCCUCCACUUCACAUCUGCAGCUCAAAUCUGUGUGAUCUGUCCAUUCAGAGCGGAGGAGGAGGAGGGGAAGCACUGCAGCAGCAGCAGCAGCAGCAGCAGACAUGCCGGGCCUGCUCCACAUCACACUGACUGCUCUUCUGGCCAGCUGCGAUGCCUUCAGAUUGGGUUCGACCCAUAGGGUCAUACCCCUCAGUCCCCCGGUGGCCCGUCUAUUCCAGGACGAAGGCCCAGCCCAGCCACACUUCAUCCAGGAAUUAGUCAGAACCAAACGCCACUCAGCCCACGAGUUAGUGCGAGCCCAACCUAAUUUGGUCCACGACAUGGGCUGGCCAGAGAUACAUGAGACAUCCCGUUCUCAGGCCAAGAUGGAUGCUGCCAACUCCUCUCAGUUAAAUCCGCCAUCGUCUGCUGGUCAGCAUGUAGCCAGGACCCAUCCAGCUGUGGAUGAAAACCUUGAUGUGGAAGACGAGAUGGAGCGUAUGGUUCAUCUGGUGGUUCCUCAGGACUCCACAGACCCAGAGAAGGAGCUCCGCGGUGGGCUGGGAGCCGGUGAUGCCUCCCUGGAGGCCUCUGGCUUCUACAGUACGGAUAUGGAGGACAGAGACAGAGGAGAGGAGGGAGGAGAGGACCGGGAGAGGAGAGGGGGAGAGGACGAGUGGGAGAGAGACACGGGAGAGGACAGAGAGAGAAGAGGGGGAGACGGCAGAGGAGAGGAAGAAGAGAGGGCAGACGAUCGAGAUGUCCACGUUCUGGAUGCCAACCACACAACUCCAGAUCUGGAUUCUCUGAUUGGCUACAGUCCAUCAUUCCACCCCUCCAGCUCCGACCAGCCGAGCACAUCCCCAGCUGAGGUGCUUGAUUCUGGGCUACAGGAGCAUCGUGCAUCCCCGGUCCUGGAGGUGGGUCCUUUAGAGAGAGAGCUGUGGGAGGCAGAGGCGGAGGAAGAUGGUCACUCCAGUGGCUAUGGAGUCCUCCACUCCUCCAUCACUACAACUAGCUCUACAUCUGCUGCUGCUGCUACUCCGACUGCUGCUGCUGAUGGAGACGUUGCAGGAACUGCCACCCCUGAGACUGACACAGGCACAGACUUCGGGCUGCUGGGAACUUACACAAAAGAUGAGACAGAGGAUGAAGAGACAGAGAGGCAGGAGGCAGAGGAAGAAACCGGUCUGGCACACAAAGGCGUAUUUACCCAGAAUCCCACUGUGGCAGAGGUUGGCAUGGCUCCCAGCAGAGAGCCCCUUCAGCCCAGUGUGGAGGAGGAGGAGGAGGAGCUGGAAGAGGAAGAACGUGAGUUGGAAGGGGGUCGACUGCAAGACACGAGUGAAGAGGAGGAGGAGGAGAGAUGGAGAAAGAUGGAGGAGGAAGAGGGGAUAAGAAUCAGACACAUCGUCCCGCUCACGACAGAUCCUUCACCCACCAUCGGCUUCACCGACCCGUCCUGGAAUUGGCUGAACAAGACCACGCCCCUGCAGACCCAGAGGACAGAGGUCAGGGGAGGCGGGGUCACAGAGGUCUUCUUACCGGAGGGUGAUAUCGAUGAGAUGGAGGAGGCACGGCAGGUGGUGUGUGUCGACUGGAGUGAGCUGGCUGGACGUGGAUAUGUCAUCCUCAACAUGACGCAAAACUUGAACUGUGAGGAGUUUCGUGUGGAUCAGGGCAUGCGGUUGUUGAAGAUCAUGGAGCGAGUGUUUGCUCGAAGAAUGAACAGCCCUGAGGGAUCGUGGGUACUUUACCUUAGCAAGCCGACACACCAGCAACACCAGCUGCUGAUGAACGUGGCAUCUGAGCAAGGAGUGAUAGAGGCGAAGGAAGUGCUGGGCAUGCUGGGAGAGAUCAGGAAGAGUUUGAAUAAGGUGGGCAUUCAGAACUACAGCACUGCUAGUAGCUGCCAGUCUCGUCCCAGUCAAACACGCAGCGACUACGGCAAGCUGUUUGUGGUGCUGGUCAUCAUCGGCUCCAUCUGCAUGGUCAUCAUCACAUCUGGAUUCAUUUACAUCUGCUGGCAAAGACGACUUCCUGCAACCAAAACUACGUUUCGCGCUGAAGAACUUCACUUUGUGGAGAAUGGCUGCCACGACAACCCCAUGCUAGACGUGACCAAUGACAAUCAGCGUGAGUUGCAGGAGAAGAAGCCGACGACCAAUGGGCUUGCAGGAGGAGGAGAACGAGGCGGGGAGGAGAGCAGUCGCUGGCAGGUGUUUGUCAAUCAAGCAGCAACCGAGGAGGAGGAAGAAGAGCAGGACACACAUCUCUGAGAGACAGGUUAUUGAUAGACAGAUGAUAAGUGGAGCUUAAAAGGAAGAAGAAGAAGAAGAAGAAGGUAAUAAAGAAAAUGGAAGAUAAAAAAAAGGAGGAAAAGGAGAACGAAGACAGAAGGAGAGAAAAGUAACGUAAAGCCUGAGUAAUAUAAAUGUUUUCCAGUCAGGAGGUUAGGAGGAGGUUAGCAGGAGGAGUCACUGACAUCUUCAUGGAUAUCAGACACUAGGGUUUAUGUCAGCGUCUUUAAAAUUUGAAUUCAUGGAAAGACAAACUUCUCUUAAUCUCAAAAAAUGUCCAACUUUUGAAACAAAGUUGGACCUCUGAUUGGGAAAGCUUCAUGUCCCUACUUGAUGAUAGAUAACAUCAUCUGUUUAGCGUGCCUUAUGCUUUUAGCUUUUUGCACUUUGCCUGCAAGUGGCAAACAAAACAUGAAACUAGCGACAAAAAUCCGUUUAAAAAGCACCUUUUCCCACCAUUAACGUUUGAAUGUAAAGGAGCUCUAAAGUCUUAAGCAGCAACAUUGGGAACAGUUGAUAUUUUAUUUCACAUUAAGCCAAAUUCUGUGACAAAAUGCUCACAGGAAACUUGGAGUGAAGGCAUCCUAAGCAGAGAACGAAGUCACGCUACCUUGUGUGUAUUUUGUAAUCAAAGCUUCUCUGCGGUUUGUUGUGAUAAACCGGUCCGGCUGCACGUGUGUGUUAGUAUAUGUGAACAUGCCACUGGUUAGCUUAUUGCUGCCGAUUUGCACUGCACUCACAGUUACCAGUGUCAUUGCGGAGAGGUAGCAUCCACCUUCCAGUUUCCCUUGGUUAACACGGUUAGCUCUGUUAGCAAUGUUGCUGUUGUUUAGCACUGCUUACUGAGUUACCACUGUUAGCUGCUCACUGCCGGCACAGCCCCCUCCAUGUUGAGAACUGUGUGCAGACAACUCUGAAUAUCAUGUGGAGUUAAAUCAAGUUAAAUCAAGAAUAUCCAAAAAUUCAUGAAGUUUAAGAAUGUUGCUGUUGUUUAGCACUGCUUACGGAGUUAACACUGUUAGCUGCUAGCUGCCAGCUGGGCCACCUCCAUGUUGAGAACUGUGUGCAGACAACUCUGAAUUUCGCAUAGAGCCCAAGUUAAAUCAAGAAUAUCCAAAAUUCAUGAAGUUAAAGAAUGUUGCUUUUGUUUAGCACUGUUGGCUGCUAGCUGUUGGCUCAGCCACCUCCAUGUUGAGAACUACGUGCAGACAACUCUGAAUUUCACAUAGAGCGCAAGUUAAAUCAAGAAUAUCCAAAAUUCAUUAAGUCAAAGAAUGUUGCCAUUGUUUAGCGUCGUUAGCUGCUAGCUGCUGGCUCAGCCACCUUAAUGCUGAGAACCAUGUGCAGGCAACUCUGAAUUUUGACAUAGAGUCAAAGUUAAAUCAAAAAUAUCCAAAAUUCAUGAAGUCAAAGAAUGUUGCCAUUGUUUAGCACCAUUAGCUGCUAGCUGCUGGCUCAGCCCCCUCCAUGUUGAGUGCUGUGUACAGACAACUCUGAAUUAUCGAUAGAGAUCAAGUUAAAUCAAGAAUAUCCAAAAUUCAUCAAGUUUAAGAAUGUUGCUGUUGUUUAGCACUUCUUACCAAGUUAGCACUGUUAGCUGCUAGCUGCUGGCUCAGUCACUUGCAUAUUGAGAACUGUGUGCAGACAACUCUGAAUUUCGCGUAGAGCUGAAGUAAAAUCAAGAAUAUAGAAAAUUCAUUAAGUUAAAUCAAGAACUUCCCUUAAAAACAUUAAAACUUAAGAGAUGUUCAGUGGUUUCACCCUGAUGUCUGACUCCUGAGACAACAGCGACUCCUCUUAGCUUCUCCUCACUGAACAGGAAGUACAGCCUGUAGCAACUUUGGAAGUAAGGUUUUGGCACUUUAUCGAUUCCUCUUGGAAAUAGCGACUAUCAUCAUUGAAAUGCUGCAUCAUGUUAAAUGUAUUACAUACAGUGACAGAAAUAUCUCUGUUUUGCUCAUAGGAAUGGUUGUAACCGCCGAGGAUGUUUACUGUUCACUCUACAACCAGUCAUGUGAUUGCUAUAUUUACGUCCUGUUAGCCUAAUAUGCUUUUUUUCUCAAUAGUGUUGGAAUGGCUGCUGUACGCUCCGGGCUAACUCUUGAGGCGAUGACACAUGGGCAACAUCUAGAGGCCAAAAGCCUGAACAAAAAAUAUCUAGUUACAGUGUUGAAGUCUAGUCACCAAACCCCAAGUCCAAGUCGAGCCCAAAGUCUGUGAUGUUUUAAUGUUAAAUGUUGAAGUCUGAGUCAUCAAAGGCAUGUCCGAAUCACCAUGGUCAUGUUCGAGUCGCUGUGAUCAAAUCAGUAUAUGCAUCUCUGAAUCACCUCUGCCAUAUCCAAGUCUUUCCAGUCACGCCCAAGUCAACUAAGUUGUCACAAAAGGCACUAAAAAUAAAACAAUAACAUAACACACCAGAUUAUGACAGCAUGUUUGAUUGACCAGUCCAUGUCUGAAUCAAAACCGUCAUGUCCGAGUCCCAUUUGAGUCACUGUGAUCAUGCCCGAGUCACUUUAUGUCUAAAUGAACAUAGUCAAGUCCAAGUUGGCAUGGUCAUGUUCAAGUCACUACAGUUAUGUCUAAAGUUGUGUUUACGCCCCAGGCACUACAGUCAUGUCAAAGUCACUACAGUCAUGUCUGAAUGAACAUAGUCAAGUCCAAGUCGGCACGGUCAUGUUCAAGCCUCUAGAGUCAUGUCUAAAGUUGUGUUUACGCCCCAGGCACUACGUUCAUGUCAAAGUCCCUACAGUCAUGUCUGAAUGAACAUAGUCAAGUCCAAGUCGGCACGGUCAUGUUCAAGCCUCUAGAGUCAUGUCUAAAGUUGUGUUUACGCCCCAGGCACUACGUUCAUGUCAAAGUCCCUACAGUCAUGUCUGAAUGAACAUAGUCAAGUCCAAGUCGGCACGGUCAUGUUCAAGCCUCUAGAGUCAUGUCUAAAGUUGUGUUUACGCCCCAGGCACUACGUUCAUGUCCAAGUCCCUACAGUCAUGUCUGAAUGAACAUAGUCAAGUCCAAGUCGGCACGGUCAUGUUCAAGCCUCUAGAGUCAUGUCUAAAGUUGUGUUUACGCCCCAGGCACUACGUUCAUGUCAAAGUCCCUACAGUCAUGUCUGAAUGAACAUAGUCAAGUCCAAGUCGGCACGGUCAUGUUCAAGCCUCUAGAGUCAUGUCUAAAGUUGUGUUUACGCCCCAGGCACUACGUUCAUGUCAAAGUCCCUACAGUCAUGUCUGAAUGAACAUAGUCAAGUCCAAGUCGGCACGGUCAUGUUCAAGCCUCUAGAGUCAUGUCUAAAGUUGUGUUUACGCCCCAGGCACUACGUUCAUGUCAAAGUCCCUACAGUCAUGUCUGAAUGAACAUAGUCAAGUCCAAGUCGGCACGGUCAUGUUCAAGCCUCUAGAGUCAUGUCUAAAGUUGUGUGUACGCCCCAGGCACUGUUCAUGUCAAAGUCACUAUGGUUAUGUCCAAGUCCCUACAGUCAUGUCUGAAUGAACAUAGUCAAGUCCAAGUCGGCACGGUCAUGUUCAAGCCUCUAGAGUCAUGUCUAAAGUUGUGUUUACGCCCCAGGCACUACGUUCAUGUCAAAGUCCCUACAGUCAUGUCUGAAUGAACAUAGUCAAGUCCAAGUCGGCACGGUCAUGUUCAAGCCUCUAGAGUCAUGUCUAAAGUUGUGUUUACGCCCCAGGCACUACGUUCAUGUCAAAGUCCCUACAGUCAUGUCUGAAUGAACAUAGUCAAGUCCAAGUCGGCACGGUCAUGUUCAAGCCUCUAGAGUCAUGUCUAAAGUUGUGUUUACGCCCCAGGCACUACGUUCAUGUCAAAGUCCCUACAGUCAUGUCUGAAUGAACAUAGUCAAGUCCAAGUCGGCACGGUCAUGUUCAAGCCUCUAGAGUCAUGUCUAAAGUUGUGUUUACGCCCCAGGCACUACGUUCAUGUCAAAGUCCCUACAGUCAUGUCUGAAUGAACAUAGUCAAGUCCAAGUCGGCACGGUCAUGUUCAAGCCUCUAGAGUCAUGUCUAAAGUUGUGUUUACGCCCCAGGCACUACGUUCAUGUCAAAGUCCCUACAGUCAUGUCUGAAUGAACAUAGUCAAGUCCAAGUCAACACAGUCAAGUCAAGUCACUAUAGUCAUGUCUAAAGUUGUAUUAAUGUCCCAGUCACUAUGGUCAUCUGGAAGCGACUACGGUCAUGUGUGAAUGAACAUAGUCAAGUCGAAGUCAGCAGGGUCAUGUCCAAGUCACUACUGCACACUACGAUCAUGUCUGAGCCUUUCUGGUCAUUCAUAGUCACUGAAAUCAUACGAGU